ACAAAAUUCGUCGUCAGCUUGUGAUCCACCCCAGAUCUAGAGACUUGAACAUGUUGGGAUUUAGCACCUUGUAUUUGUGUGCUCUUUCGGUCUCAUUCACCAUUAAUGGCGGACUUAUCGCAGGUCAGGUGCAGCUAGAAUCAUCUUACAGUGGAAGCAGGACUGUAAAACUUGGUUCCUCUUUUGACUUCUCAUGGAACUACACUGGUAACUUAAGCAGAGUUGAAUGGGGAACGAAAGAAAGGGGGAAAAAUGCCCUAGCUGUCACUCUAUUCAUCCUUGAUGUAAAUGGGCGUCUCACCCCUAACAUAUCUCAGUACAAUGGCCGUCGUUUUGGCUACUGGAAUCAACAGUCACCUGGUCAAGUCAGGUUUACCCUAAAUCCCAUUAAAGUAGUUGAUAACCAGGUUUUCAUCUUCAAAUUUGUCCCAGAAAACUUUUUGGCUCCAGAACUGUUUGAAAUAGUGCAAUUAAUUGUGGAAGGAGAUGCUUUUGUCGUUGGGGUUAUCCCUCCUGCACUGUCCAUUUUAAGGGGUGUUAAAGCAAGUUUGACCUGUAACGCUGAAGGUUUUCCUUUGCCAAACAUUGUGUGGAUGAAGCAGACUGAUUUGGGUGAAAGUGAGAUUCAUGCCAGCAAUGUCAAUGUCCAAAUAAACACCCAUAAUGGUUCGUCCCAGUUAGUCGUGAAGAAUGCUUCAACUGCAGACUCAGGUUAUUAUACCUGCAAAGCUUCAAACUACGUAUCUGAUACUGCAAGAGCCUUCCUUGGAGUUGUAUCUUCCUACGAGGAUCAUGAUUUGUGUCCCACCAGUUUUGAUGCAACCAGGGGCGAGUCUGUCCUAAUAUGCUGUCCUGUCCAGGGGUUUCCACCUCCUCAAGUUAGCUGGGAACUGCCAAAUGGAACUCUGCUUGAAACAGGAAGCACUAUUUUGCACGUAAUAGUCAAGACUGAGAAUGACUUUGGACGCUACAGGUGCAUUGCAAGGAGUCUGGAAAAGAAUGUCCGUACAGCUAACAUCACCAUUCGUGAAAGAAGUUCAUAUCCUCACAUAAUUGACAAGAAGAUUAUUCUGAAAGAUGGCGACAAACUUGCUUGGAAAGAAGUACCAGGUGCAAGUUACUAUCUCCUCAGAUUACCCGGGAAUAAACUCUUGGAGGACAAUUCUCUUCUUGGUUGUAAUACCAGUACUUCUGUGGAGAUUCCUUACAGCAGUUUAACCUUUAAACGUGGUAUCAAGAAAAAACCAUCUAAAGUAAAGACCGAAGUCGAAGUCUGGGCUUUCGGCAAGUCCAGAAUUAUUGGGAAUGGAACGCGUUAUACUGAUGUCGAAAUCUACGCGAGUGCAGCAGCUUCUACUGUUUCAUUGAUGACGCUCUUGUUAUCGUUUGUGAUUUACAACGUACAAUAGUCGAAUGUACGAAGAAGGAUAUCGGAAAGACGAUGAGACAAAAUUGUCUCAUUUUAAAUUCUUCUCUCGCCUCGAGAUAAGAUAAUUAGAUAAUAAAACAAGAGGAGAACUUAUAUUUGAUCAUUUCUUAGUUUUGAUAGAACAGAUGACUUAUUCAAUCAAGGUCAUGCUCAGUGGUUAAAUAACUCCUUUCAGUUUAUCAGUUGAUAACGCUAAGACCAUAUUAUUGUUAUAUUUUAGUUGUUUAUUAUUUCGCUUUCUGCUCCGAAUGAGAUCACCACGUUACCGUGGUGGAGCAGUUUUGUGUUUCUUAAUAAACCCUAGAGUUAUGUCGGUGGAGUCUUGCACACCUGGUAGGGCCACCCAUGCCGAACAGGUUAAAGGGUCGACAUGUAACAAAGAGUGAUCUCCUUGUCUUCUAGGCAGAGGGUUGGGCGCAGGGUUAACGACGCUGCCUUGCAAAGUGUUGAGCCAAAAGCCCUUGUCAUAGUAAAGAAGAUAGUCGAGCUUUUAUUAAUUCUAAUCUAAAUUAGUAUUUCUGUUUAUGUGGUAUUUGAUAUGUAAUAAUCUUUUUGCAUUAGACGGCAAUUUAGGCUUAAAUGAGGCGUUGAGUUAAGAAGAUGGCGAGUUUAAAAGCUUAGAAACUAGUUGCAAGUAUAUACAUUUUUUUCCGAACGAGAAUAUCACUUAUAGAAGGAACUUCUCUCCUUUGUAAACUUUUGGAUCAUGAUAGCUAAAGGGUAUAACUGAUCAUUUGUUAAGGUUUCUCGGUCGGCUGGAUUCUUGCACUCCUGUUAGGGUCACCCAUGCCGAACAGGUUAAAGGGUCGACAUGUAACAAAGAGUGAUCUCCUUGUCCUCCAGGCUGGAGGUUGGGCGCAGGGUUAACGACCCUGCCCCGCAAAGUGUUGAGCCAAAAGCCUUUGUCAUAGUAAAGUAGAUAGUCGAGCUUUUGUUAAUUCUAAUCUAAAUUCGUAUUUCUGUUUAUGUGAUAUUUGAUAUGCAAUAAUCUUUUUGCAUUAGGCGGUAAUUUAGGCUUAAAUGAGGCGUUGAGUUAAGAAGAUGGCGAGUUAAAAAGCUUAGAAACUAGUUGCAAGUAAAUAUUUUUUUUCCGAACGAGAGUAUCACUUAUAGAAAGGAACUUCUCUCCUUUGUAAACUUUUGGAUCAUGAUAGUUAAAGGGUAUAACUGAUUAUUUGUAAAGGUUUCUCGUUCGACUGUAAUUCCUUAUAUAUUAGAACUUCACGAGGAUUUUUUUU